AAUAUAUUGUUUUUAUGAAAAUAUAUGCGUAUGUGCAUUCAGUGUGAAUUAAUCAUAUGGAAAUGUAGCACACUAGUAGUUAAAACUACGGAUAGGCUCUAACUUGCGUUAUUAAAACUACAUUUCCCAGCAGCACCUGCGGUCGUGGGCGAAGAAGGCAAAAGCGAAUGAGCUAGUUGGCUUUACUUGAUUAUAAUUUGAUUUUAUCAAAUAAAUACAAUCCCUCAUCUGUUAAAAAAAUAUCUUGGGGGUAAAGAAACUUUUUGCGGUUGUCAUACUUGUAUAUCUCGGUCCAGCAAUUGCUGUCAAGGUGGAAUCUCCUUAAACAAGCGGAAACAUCCAGUGAACGCCAGACUAUUAAAACAAAAACAAUGAUGGUGUUUGAACUGCCAACAAACUGAGUUGUCCUGAAGAAGACAUCUGAUGAAAAAUUACUGCAACAAUACAGAAGCUGCCAUGGAAGAAAAGGCAAAUGGCUCAGUCGACACUAAAAAUCCAGUGGAGAACGGACAGCUACCUGACCCGUCCAGCUGGGGAGUUGCUGAUGUUGUCAAUUAUUUCAAAGCAACAGGAUUUGAGGAACAAGCCAUAGCAUUCCAGGAUCAGGAAAUUGACGGCAAGUCCCUGCUCCUGAUGACGCGUAAUGACGUCCUAACGGGGCUGUCGAUAAAGCUUGGUCCUGCACUGAAGAUCUAUGAGUACCAUGUGAAACCGCUGCAAACUCAGCACCUGAAAAUCAAUGCCUCGUAGCAUCACCGGGCGUCCCACACCCACCUCACUGACAAUCAUGCCAGAAGACUCCAGGUUAGCUUCACAGAGACUCCUCCGCCCGCAGUGGCACCUUUACAGGAUUUGAAUGCUGUGUGUUUUUUAUAGCCUGGACCCCAAAAAUGGUCUGCACAUGGCAUCCAGUCUGCUGUUUACCCUUUCAGCCAUUCUUUUUUCCUGCUGCUUUAGAUAAGUAUUUUUUUGUGUUUUUAUUUAAAAUAAAAAAAAAGGAAAUGUGGAAUGAAGAUUGCAGAAAAGACGUU